CAUAUCGACCGAAUGGCAAAAUCAAAACCCGCAAAAACCGGUCCUGUUGGACAACCAGAUAUUGGUUACACACCUGACUACAAGAAAUACCUCGCGCGCAAACAGCGCCGCCUAGAAACCGAAACACUCGAGAAGGAGCUCCCGUCAGGCUUUCCAAAGAGACUCGAAUCGAACCUGGUGUGGGACAACAUAGACAUCGCCUCUCGCUACGACUGGACGCUGCAAUUGUCGCCAGAUGACCUUCAAGAGCUCCAAACAGCGCUGCGGCACUUUCAAGGCCUCGGUAAACCACCGGGUUAUGUGAGCCAGGAAACCUUCCCCUUGGAUAAGCUUCAUUCCAAGUUACGAGAGGUUUCCACAGAGAUUCACGAUGGAUUUGGCUUCAAAGUUGUGCGCGGUCUUCCGAUUGACAAGUACACCCGGGAGGAAGCGUUGGUUGUUUAUGCGGGCCUCGCAUCUCACGUUGCUCCCACUCGGGGACGUCAAGACCACAAGUGGGAUGGCAAACCGGCCGACGUUGCCGUUAAUCACAUCAAAGACAUGACAGCGAAGGUCGACACAAGCAAGAUCGGUGCGCCUGCUUAUACUACCGACAAGCAGGUUUUCCAUACAGAUAGUGGGGAUAUCAUCGCAUUACUCUGCCUCGAAACGGCGGCUGAAGGAGGAUUGAGUAAGUUGAGUAGCAGCUGGAGGGUAUACAACGAGCUCGCGGAAACCCGACCGGAUCUUAUCAAAACGCUGGCGGAACCGUGGCCAGUAGAAAACUUCGAUGGCCAAGGUCAGCCUUAUAUCAAUCGCCCCUUACUCUUCUACCAAGCCGCCUCAAACGACAUCAGUGCCAACAAAGAACGUCUUAUAAUCCAGUACGCGCGACGCACCUUCACCGGAUUCCUAGGACUCCCACGCUCCGCCUCCAUCCCACCCAUCACAGAGGCGCAAGCUGAAGCGCUUGAUACGCUGCAUUUUCUUGCAGAAAAACACGCCCUCUCGCUCGACUUCCAAAAGGGCGAUAUCCAAUUCGUGAACAACUUGUCAAUCUUCCACGCCAGAGAUGGGUUUGUCGAUUCCGAGGUCAAACAGAGGCAUUUGGUGAGGCUAUGGCUCAGGGAUGAUGAAUUUGCGUGGAAGAUCCCAGAGGAGUUGGGUGCAAGAUGGGAUAAGGUGUAUAAGGGGGUCACCCCGGAGAAUCAGAUUUUCCCGCUGGAGCCGUUCGUAAGGAGUGCUUCUUUGGGGAAAGUGGAAAGUGGGGAGUGA